GGCACGCAUACAGCGCAUUCGGGCCUACGGGCAUGAUGAGAUCCGAAGAGUUCCAAGUAUUGACUACGACAGGAGGCUUUUGUACCCUGUGAGGACUAAAGGAAGAUGA